GUUUUCCCAAAGGGAAGUCCUUUGGUGGCUGAUGUCUCUCGAGCAGUUAUCAAGCUAACAGAGAACGGUGAGAUGUUAGACAUCCAACGGGAGUGGUCCAUAAGUGAUCCCACAUGUAAUGGCCCAGACACUACUGAAACUUCAGUCAGUGUCUCACUACAAAGUUUCAAAGGGCUCUUUGCUAUAACUGGCGCCAUCACAUCUUCAUGCUUACUAAUUUUCAUAGCCAACUACGUUUACAAAAACAGAAGUUCUCUUCAGCAAAUUUUGAAUUCCAGAACUACCGCUUGGUCCAAAAUUAAAGAAAUAGUGACACACUUUGACCAAAGAGACCUCUCGUCUCAUCCUUCUAUCAUGGAAAGAGACCCGAAGUUUAAGUAUCCAAAACCAGAAGUAGCAGAAAUUGUUUCGUCAUCAGAGUCUGUUGACUUGUCCAACACUAAUCUAACGGUACACAGUCUGCCCAUGAAUAUUCUUUCCACUCAAUUCAACAACGUUGCAGUGCCAAACAUACCUACAGAUUCAACUUUUUCAAACUCUACUGUUGUGUCACCUGUUUCGGAAGAAGAAUCAAACACCGCCAUUGAUGCCUCUGACAGCUGA